AUGGACCAACAAUUUCUUGGGGUGGAAAAUCCAUUGGAUGCAAAUUUGUAUCAACCACCACCACAACAGGCAGGUUCUCCCCAACAACAAUAUCAACAACAACUAGUACAAUCUCGCGUGCAGCCUAUUAGCCAACAAUCACCUCCAGGAAUGUAUCAACAACAAAUACAUCAUCAGUCUCAUUUAAUUCCUCAACAACCGAGAGCAUUGACUGGACCGUCAGCAAAUCACGCAUUUUCUCUUUCUGGUGGAAAUACUCCACAAGUUAAUAAUCAAUAUGAUAUAGGAACUACAAAUGGUAUCAAUACACAAGGGCAGUAUGAUUCUAGAUAUGGUCAACAAUUUCAAAUGUCAUAUCAAUUACAUCCUCAGCAUGAUUAUUAUGGAAAUUCGCAAUUUGGUUCACCAAGUUUGUCGCAGUUGCCGCAACAACACCAAAACGGUCAAAUGCAGCAUUACCCUACAGGGUUUGAAGAUUUGCAGCAAAGUAGAGAGAAAGAUUUGGUUCCCCCAAUUCCACCGUUGCAUAUUCAACAGCAAAUAGUAAAUCAUACUGAAGUGAAAAGUGAAGAUACCAGUGAUAUUAAUCGGGAGUCAGUUUCUUCUUCGGUAUCAAAUACUUCAACGAAUUUAUCUACUACCAUUAAUUCUACAGCCAAUACAUCUCUAAGUCGGUCUAAUGGAUACUCUCUUAAUGGAGAUCAAAUGCUAAGAUCAACAUGUUCUCGAUGUAAAAAAGAAUUCGAGCAGCAAAUUAUAAUUCCUCAACAAAGACUAGGAAGUGACAAUAAAUUUUUAGCUGAGCCUAAAAUAUAUAAAUUAUGCCAUCAUUGUCGAGAACUUCAACGUCAAAGAUCAAGAAGAUGGCAGAAGAAAACUAAAGAUAAAGAAGGUGUUUGUCGUAGAUGUGGUAGUGAAAUAUCGAUUGAAGAUCAAAAAUUUGUAUUAUGUCCUUCAUGUCGGCAAAAUUUAAGAACUAGAAAGGCCAAUAGGGCAGCUCAAGGAAUCUGUGUUCAUUGUUCAGGACCAUUAGAUGGUUCAAUAAUUACGGAUCUGAAAUCAGAAUCUAAAGAUCUAACCUUUAAUUCUUCAAUUAAUAAUUUGGGAUCACUUAAUUUAAAGAGUAGUAAACCCAAUUAUAAAGUGUGUCAGAGAUGUCGUGAAAAUGAUAAGAUUCGUAGAACCAAUUUAGAAAAAUUAGAAAAAUGUAAUCGAUGUGCAAGAACGUUAGAUGACUUUGAUAAAGGGAAACAUAAGGUUUGUUCGAUUUGUCGUAACAAAAAAAGAAAGUAUCAUCAAGCUCAUUCAAUAAAUACUAUUGAGAGUUCAGAUUUAAAGUAUAAUUCUGUAAUGGAUAAUACUAAUAAUUCACAAGAUAUAUCCAGUCCUAUGGUGACAAGUGUUGUUUCUGGUAUAUCUUCUAAUGCAUCUACUUAUAUUGCAUUUAAUUCUCAUUCCCAUCUAGGAUUUUCAGGGCAGGGACCUGUUCCUAGACAUCAAUUAUCUAUGAUACCCCCUGACCAACAAUCGGUUGGAAUGAUGUCGGCUCCUUCUGGAGGUAUAACAUAUGGAGGUCCAAAUACAACUUCAACUACAACUACAAAUACAAAUACACAGCAACAGCCCCUACCUCCUCCAUCUCUCCAACAUCCUCAACACCAACAUCAACAUCAAAAUCAACAAUAUGGUCAAAUGUCUUAUACUUCUCUGUAUUCUCAGCCGGUAAUACCAACGGUUCAAUUAUCACCUGUUGCAAGAACUUAUAUGGGUAAUCGAGAAGAUCAUAUUGGUUAUCCAGAGCAACAGUAG